AUGACCCAGAUCCCGGACCAGAGGGAGAACCCUCUGAACCUGGGCGGCGGCGGCGGCGGCUGGACAGCCUCGAUGCCAUUCCCCACCUGGUCUUCCUGCCACCAGAGGCGCGGGGGCGCCCCGACGUACAAGCGGCGCUGCGGCUACCGUCCCAAGGCCGAGUACGAGUCCCCGAGAAAAAAGGCGAAGCCACCGCAAGGCCUGGGCCCCUGGUGUCCGCCACCCCAGCAGCCCUACUGGGCCCUGUACUCCAACUGGGGGCACUGGAAAGGACCCUGGCAUCCACCUCCCGCGGGGUUCUGCAAGCCGCCCGCCCGCGUGCCCGUGUUCUGGCUGUACGGCCCGCACCCGCGCUGCCCCUGCUGCUGCUUUUGCUGGGGCUGCCCGAGCACCCCGGUCUGGCGCCGGGCCCCGGGCCGCAAGAAGCGCUGGGGUCGCCGGGGCCGCUGGCUGCGCCGCCCACCCCGCCGCUCCAGCCCCACCGACCCGCCAGUGGAUCUGAGCAAGCUGCUGCGGCCCGUCAACCUGUACGGCUGGCGGGCGCCGGGCAUGCGGGCGCCGCGCAACACCACCCAGUUCAUCAUGGACCAGAUCUACGAGGACAUGCGGCAGCAACAGGAGCUCGAGCGGCAGCAGGAGGCGGAGCGGGCGCUGCAGGGCGGCGCGGGGGGCACGCCCCCUGCCGGCGGCGGCGAGGACGACGACCAGCUGCCCCGCUCUCUCCUGGAUUUCAUGCAGGAGCCCUCUCUGGUCUUCAGCCCUGACCCCCACCAGGACCAGCAGUAUCCCGAGGCACUGCACGCGGAGGAAGAAGAAGAGAAAGGAGUGGAGAAGGAGGAAGAGGAGGAAGAGGAGGAGGUGGGGGAAGAGCAUAAGCGGUGCUGUGAGGAGUGCGGUGAGAAAGACUCGGAGAGCGAGGAGCAGGAGGAGGAAGACGAGGAGGAGGAGGAAGAAGAGGAGGAGGAGGAGGAUGGAGAGGAGGUGGAUGAAGAGGCAGAAGCCGGUGAAGAAGAGGAGGUUGACUCUGGAGAGGAUGACUUUAUGGAAGAGGGGGAGGAAGAGGAGUUUGAAGAGGAAGAGGUGGAGAUUCAGGGGGAGGAGGAAGAGAUGCGGGAGGAAGAGGAAGAAGAGCCGGAGCAGAGCGGGGAAGAGAAUCAUUUACCUCUGGGAAUGCCUUUAUCAAUCCUAGUUGGGGCUGAAGAAGAGAGAGAGAACUUUAUAAACUGUACUUAUUUUAGCCCAGAAAACAUGCACAAAGUGUCUCAGGACCCUUUUUUCAGGGUACAGGACAUUAACUGUUAG